UAUCGAAAGAAUUAAAUUAUUUUUAGUAAAUUUUUGAUAUUAUUGUAUAAAUAUAGAUUAGUAAUCAUGCCAAAAUUUGAUCAGCAAAAGACAAAACAGCAAUUAUUUCAUCUAUCAAUAAGCUUCGCAAUAAUACUUAUUUGCAUGACUUAUAUGCACUAUUUGCAUGAUUGGUCACAGAUCGGCAACUUGUGGAGCUCUUUAAUUGUACCAGUAAUUUUCAUUGGGGAAAUAUUAAAAGUUAUAUUAGCACGUUAUUAUAUUAAGUUUGAAGAUAGCGUACUAAACCAAAAGCAGAGGCAGAAGAAAACGGCAUAUUUUUCAAUACGAGAACUGUCUGGCGGCUUACUACUACAAUUUUUGAGUACUCUUUUGAUAUCAUUUCUUUGCAUCAUAUUAGGCGCUCCAGUUUUGCAAAACUAUGAACAAACAUUUGUGUUAUCGCUUCUAAUAACGUUAUUGACGGUUUCACCAACGGUCAUGCUACUGGGUGCAGGCGGGGCUUUGCAGGUGUGUUUUUGUGAAAAACCGGAUUUUGUUACCAAAAGUGAAGAGACAGCAUUGCAUCUAUUUAAAUAUAAUGCAAUUGGUGCUAUACUAGGUGCAUGGGCUGGUUCUGUGGUCGCCCCAUUGGAUUGGGACCGUGAUUGGCAAGUAUAUCCUGUACCAAACGUUGUAGGUGCAUUACUGGGCACUGCUUUGUGUAAUAUUUACGCAUGUUCUCAUGUCCUACUCGCCACUGCCAAAGUGUAUCUUAACAUGAAGAGGUCUUAAAUACAUUUUAAAAAAAUCCAGCUACUGUACGCACUGAACCGAUGCUAGUCAUUCAAUAACCAACCAAAUCCUUACCAAAUUUCAUAAAAUAUAUUUAAUUACAUAAAUGUGAAAAAUAUGAUGUACGUUGGUUUAAAACACAAU